AAAGAGCCUCCUGGGGUAUUAUGGCCAGUGGAUAAUUAUACUCCCAUAAACGCUACUUGCUUUUCAGAAUUGCUUCAUUUCUCUCAGUACCGCUGAAAUAAACCCUAAUAUUUCUUAUCGAUCUUCAAAGUGAGUUCAUGGUUCGAUCUUCCUAUAUUGGAAAUAGUUGAUUCGUUUUCAGGUUUCUGUCAUAAUCUUCAUUAUUUUUUUUAGUUCUUCAGAAUCAAAAAAUCGAAAACAAAAAUGGAAUUAGUGAAAGGAGGUCAUUAAGCACCACGUUUAGGAACAGAAGGAUGAGUUCGAAUCAGGGAUCUAUGGGUAACUUGUCUCCUCCUCCUCCUCCUCCUGGUUUACGUGAGCUUAGUACGGCUAAGGCAUAUAAUAAGAGGGAAAUUCGGAUGCUGCUGUAUAAGCCUAAUGUAGCGAAAGCUGAGGUUCGUCUUUCUCUACCUGAAGCGCAAGCUGAUUACAAAAGUCUUUCUGAGGUUCACAAUGUCAAUAAAGGGUCACAUACCAACCGAAGCCAUCCACACAUACUUCCAACCGUCUUCCCAUGCACCGACGGAUCUCGGAAGUGCAUUCAUGAUGGAUAUGCCAUAACACUCAGGGAAGUUUUAGAUCAACUUAGAACCCCUCGGAGUUAUAUAGGCGUUUGGAAGACAGUUGCACGAAAUGGGCAGUUAUUAUAUUAUGCAUUGGAGGAUAAAAUUGUUACUAUAGUGAGAGGUGUUCUGGAUGCUUUAAUAUGUCUAUUAAAUGAAGGAAAGAGUAUUGGAUCAGUAACUUUAGACAACAUUGUCUUUUUGGCCAAUGAUCCAACUUUUAGCCAUCCGUUGAUUAUUGACUGUCUUGUCACAGGCACGGGAAAUGAUAAUGCCGACGGAAGUGCCGGCUCUUCCGUCGGAUUUAACUCUUUGGCAGAUAUGAUAUCCACUCAGUUCACUCCUGGUUAUCCAAACAUUAUGAAACUUGCCAGUCCCGCUGUAACAUCAUUUAUAAAUUGCUUAAGAGGAGCUGGUAGUCCGCAUUUGCAUGGUGGGGAUGCCGGGGAACGUCAUGAGGUUAUGUUGCUCUCGCAUCCUCUUUUCCUCAGCCACGAACAACAUGCUGCUUAUGUUUGUAAGUUGAGUGAGCAGUUUAGAUCUAACGCCCUCAAUGUUACUCAACUGAAAGUAUCAGAUAUCAUGGAAGUACCAACUAAUGUUAGAGCUGCUAAAUGGGAUGAUCUAUUUAGAGACCCGGACAUUAAGCACACUGUUAUGCAUGAUCAAUACCACUAUUUUAUUGCUAGGGCGCCGAAAGUUCCAUACUAUGAUCGAUCAUCUGUAACUAGUUUGGUCAAGCUUUUCCGUGAUCGCACCACACACGGAAAUGAUAAUGGUCCAACGAUAGCAAUAGAGGAAUAUGGAUCGGCCAUUGAUAUGAUAUGCCCAAGAUUACUUCCCCACCUCUUUGAGCAAUAUGGUUUCUUCUAGUCGGAGGAGGAUAAUCUAGGAUCUGAAGGGGAUGAAUAUUACGGCUCCAAUCUAAAAGUUGUUACAGAGAUUGGGUCUCUUUUGCAAUCAAAUAUUUGAUUGAUUAUUCCAGCUAGGGAAUUUUUUAUAUUAAUUAGCACUAAUAGCUCCUGACCUUUUCUGAUUCUGUCUGGUUUUAAAAACUUGAAAAUAUUUGUAAAUAUAAGUUAUACUCUUAGGUUAAUAGGUCGUGGUUUAUCACCCUCCUCUUUCUUACAUGGAGUAGUUCCUGAAGCUCUACAACUUUCAUUAAAACAUUUUGAAUUCCUUCUUUGGUGGCAAAGCUUAAUGUCAAUUGUUUCUUCUAUUUUUUAAUUGAAA